AUGCAUGAUCUGCAAAGGCUAGAGUAUCUACUUGACAAUGAGAUUGAAUGUACAUUUCCUAGGAGAAUAAGGGAGCAACGUAGACAGCAAGUGGAAACUAACCCAAUGGAUCAAUUACCAAGACUCCCUAAUCCAAUGGUUGAAGUAGUUGUACCAGCAGCUGCUCCCACUCUUAACACCAUUCUAUUGGCAGAUGAUGGAGAAAGGGCUAUCAGAGCCUAUGCUGCACUAGUACUUCAUAGUUUUCAUCCAGUUAUAGCAGGUCCAGAGAUAGAAGCUGAGAGGUUUGAAUUAAAACCAGUUAUGUUCCAGAUGCUUCAAACAGUGGGGAAAUUCUUUGGAAAUCCAUGUGAGGACUCCCAUCUGCACUUGAGGUAUUUUCUGGAAAUAAAGAACUUCUACAAUGGGUUGAGUGAAGCAACACGCCUGGUAGUUGAUGCAUCUGCUAAUAGAGCAUUGUUGUCUAAGUCGUAUGUAGAAGCAAUUGACAUAUUGGAAAGGAUUUCUGCUAAUAACUACCACUGGUCAGAUUCCAGAGCUGAUAGGAGCAAUCAUGGAGUUAAUGAUAAUGAGAGAGCUUCGUCGAGAUGGUACAGCUCAACGGAGGGGACGAAGUCAAUUCCAAGAGUAUACACUCUGACGGAGCUAAAGACGGCAACGAGGAACUUCCGGCCGGACAACAUGGUCGGGGAUGGCGGAUUCGAGAGGAUCUUCAAAGGCUGGGUCGACGACGUAACCUACGCGCCGUCCAAGGUCGGCGUCGGAAUUGCCGUCGCUGUUACAAAGUCAAACCCGUACAACUCUCCGGGUCUCUGCCCGUGCGAAUGGAAGAGGGAGGUGGGAUUUUUGGCGAAGUUGAGGCAUCCGAAUGUGGAGAAAUUGAUCGGUUAUUGCUACGAACGAAAACAACUUCUUCUUGUUUAUGAGUAUAUGCCAAAGUGGAGCUUGGAAUACCACUUAUUUCGAGGUGUAGAGCCCCUAUCAUGGGAUACACGGAUUAAAAUUGCAAUAGGGGCGGCGCGUGGCCUCACGUACCUCCACAUGUUGGAGAAUAACGUGAUUUACUACGACUUCAAGCCAUCCAAUAUUCUACUCGAUGGGGACUUCAACCCGAAGCUGUCAAAUUUUGGGCUUACCAAACUGGGUCCAUCCAAUGGCAACUCUCACGUGAGCACGAAAGUAAUUGGCACCUACGGUUAUGUUGCUCUCGAGUACAUUGCAACCGGACAUUUGUACACAAAAAGUGACGUGUACGGGUUCGGAGUGGUGCUGUUGGAGUUACUGACCGGACUCCGAGCAGUGGACCCAAACCGGCCCAGUGGGUCUUACAACUUAGUGGGUUGGGCCGGGCCAUUACUGACAACCGAGAAAAAGAUAAAGAAACUAAUGGACCCGAGGCUCGGAGAGGACUACUCGCCCAAAGGAGCGUGGGCCGCAACCGUAUUGGUGUUCAAAUGUUUGGAAUCUGAUCCUGGAAAGCGGCCUUCCAUGGAAGAAGUUCUGGAGAAUCUAGAAAAAGUCAGUACCUACAGAGACAGACCCAAGGAGCCCAAAUCAAAUGUCCGGACGCCCACCCGCUAUGGAUUUUUGGGCUCACUUGAAACACUCAUAGCCCAAUGUUAUUGGAAUUCGAGGCCCAAUUAG